AUGCAGUUUGGACACAAGACAUUGUUGGCCUUGGUGGCUAUUAUUGAGCUUGCUUCAGCUAGCGCCGCUGUCGACAUGUUACAAAAGCGGGACGCUGUUGUAUAUGUUCAACAAGAGAUCCUAGAAAUUGUUGCAUUUACUUCAACUGUUUGGGUGGCGCCUCCUCCUCCUCCCAGCGAGACUCCAACUCCAGAGCCGGAGCCUGUGGUCGAGCCUACACCUACCCCAGAGCCCGUCGUCGAGUCUACCCCCACCCCAGAACCUAUCAUUGCUGCCGACCCAACAGUGGUUCCCGUACCUGUUGUCGUCCCACCAGAGCCAUCUCCAACCCCAAGCCCCGAACCUGUUGUUGAAGAGCCCCCAAGCAGUGGUGGCGGCAGCGGUUCAUACUCUGGCAAGGCCACCUUCUAUGAUGCUGGUCUUGGAAGUUGCGGAGAAACCCACUCCAACAGUGAUUUUAUUUGUGCAUUGUCUAAGGCUACUAUGGCCUUGACCGGCGGCCCAAAUCCUAACCUUAAUCCCAUGUGCGGAACCAAGAUUCGUGUCAUGAGUCCCUCCAACCCCACUGGCGUCAUCGUCACUAUCGUCGAUACCUGCCCUGGAUGCGCUGGUGCAUACGAUCUCGAUCUUACCCCUGCUGUUUUCGAUCAGCUCGGUGACCAACUUGACGGUGUCAUUUCAAUCACCUGGGAUUACGUCUAA